AUGUAUAAAGUUGCGCUAUUAAUUGCACUGUCGUUCUGUUUGGCACUUGCCAAACAUGAACAGUACAAUGGCUACGUUGUAUACCAGGUUAAGGUAGUGAAUGAACAACAGGCGCAACAAGUUAACGCAUUGGAAAACCAGCUGGGGUUUGAUAUGUGGUCGUAUGCCACACCAACACGUCCAGGUCUCGUGCUUGUACCUGGCUCAAUGCGCCAACGCUUCCAGAACGCGAUCGUUGCCACUGGAGCACAGUAUGAAAUACAAGUGGAAAACGUUAAAGAUCUGUUGGAUUUGGAAGAUCAGCUCUUAGCUGCUGCUUCUCAGCGGAGUAACAGUACAAGUGGUCGUCUCUCAUUCGAUACCAUUCACCGUUAUGGAACAGUCGAUGCCUACCUCGUUGACUUAGCUCGAAAAUACCAGACUGUGUCUGUUGUUUCUGCUGGAAAAAGUUUUGAAGGCCGUGAUAUCAAAUACCUGAAGAUUUCAACCACCAACUUCCAGGAUUCUUCUAAACCUAUCAUCAUGAUUCAGUCUUUGAUUCACGCACGUGAAUGGAUAACUUUACCCGUAUCUCUGUACGCCAUCGAGAAAUUAGUUGUUGAUAUCACCGACAGAGAUCUCGUUGAUAAAAUCGAUUGGAUUAUCUUGCCUAUUACCAAUCCCGAUGGAUACGAAUUCACUCAUACCAACACACGUUUCUGGAGGAAAAACCGAUCCACAGGUCAUAUGAUUGGAAAUGUAUGCCUCGGCGUCGAUCUGAACCGUAAUUUUGAUUUCAUCUGGGGAACACUUUCUAGCAACUCUGCCUGUUCUGAGACUUUCCACGGCUCUGGAGCUUUCUCUGAACCCGAGAGUGCUAUCAUUCGCAAUAUUGUAAAUCAGUACCGCAACCGUCUUGAGUUAUAUCUUGACAUUCACAGCUUUGGAAGUCUGAUCCUGUAUGGUUACGGAAGUGGCGAACUUCCCCCCAAUGGUCUUACUCUUAACGUAAUGGGCGUUAGAAUGGCACAAGCCAUCGAUGCUGUCAAAUGGAAAUCUAAUCCCAACUACCGCGUUGGAAAUAUUGCUAUGGUUCUCUAUACAUCAUCUGGAGGCGCUUCUGAUUAUGUUCAAGCUGUUGGUGUCCCUCAUUCAUUCACUUUUGAAUUACCAGCCUACAGAAACCAACAGAACAGUAUUAACGGUUUCCUUGUGGACCCUGAUUUUAUUGAGCAAGCUGGUUACGAGACCUGGGAAGGUAUUAAAGCUGGUGCAAGGUUUGUGCUGGAAUUCUCUAGGAGUAAGAAGUAA